AUGGACUAUGGCGAGGGCAUGGAGGACAUCUUCAGCUCUUUGAACCUCCUCAAACAGGACAUAGAGCGUAUGAAGUACCCCAUGGGCACCCAGAACAACCCCGCCCGGACCUGCAAAGACCUGCAGCUGUCCCAUCCCGAGUUCCCAGAUGGUGAGUACUGGAUCGAUCCAAACCAGGGCUGCUCUGGAGACUCCUUCAAAGUUUACUGUAACUUUACGGCUGGCGGUGAAACCUGCAUCUACCCAGAUAAGAAGUCCAACGGGGUCAGAAUAUCGUCAUGGCCCAAAGAAACGCCAGGGUCAUGGUUCAGUGAGUUUAAGCGCGGGAAAAUGCUGUCCUACGUGGACGUGGAGGGGAGCUCGAUAAACAUGGUCCAGAUGACCUUCCUUAGGCUCCUCACGGCUUCGGCGCGGCAGAACUUCACCUACAGCUGUCACCAGUCUGUGGCGUGGCACGACUCCGCCAGCGACAGCUACGACAAGGCUGUGCGCUUCCUGGGAGCCAACGACGAGGAAAUGUCCUACGAUAAUAACCCGUACAUCAAAGCCCUGUCAGACGGAUGUGCGACGAGGAGCGGCUAUGCAAAGACUGUGAUGGAGAUCAAUACUCCCAAAAUUGACCAGGUUCCCAUUGUGGACGUUAUGUUGACUGACUUUGGGGACCCCAACCAGAAGUUUGGGUUCGAGGUGGAGCCUGUUUGUUUCCUUGGCUAA